UCGCCGCAUCGGCAUCAAAAUAUCGAUAUCAUUGAUGCCAAGACCUGUCCUGUAGGCUUGUAAAUUGUAUCAACAUAUAAAUGCUACAUAUGUAAGUCAAUGUCGCCGUGAGAUGAUGUUUCAAUGACUGCAUUGCGCUGAGGGACAGUGCUGCAAAUUCGUGUAAUAAAUAUAGUUAUAUAAGCCAAAGCCAAAUUUUGCCGAUUUUACUUUGGUAAGACAGGCCAACUUUUGCAAUCAGAUCACACAAGUCAUGCCACGAGGUAAACGUCGAGCUCCAGAAAUCGGUGACAAUAUGGAUGGCCAAUCAAAAAGAGCACGCACCAGCUACACAAGCAUUGCAACACAGCAAAGCAGCAGACGCCAUAUCAGAGCAGAAGAUGGCUUUAGCCAGAAACGCUGUCUCGCCUGGUUCCAUGAAUACACCACGCCUGAUGAGCCUGAAACGCUGGGGCCCGAUGGCAUGGAGAAAUUCUGUGAAGAUAUUGGCGUUGAGCCCGAGAAUAUUGUGAUGCUUGUGCUCGCCUACAAAAUGGGCGCUACGCAGAUGGGUUUCUUCAGUCAGCAGGAGUGGUUAAAGGGUCUCACAGAUCUCGAAUGUGAUUCGACAGCGAAAAUGGUUGUGAAAUUGGACUAUCUGCGCAGCAUACUCAACGAUCCCAACUCGUUCAAGAGUAUAUAUCGAUAUGCCUAUGACUUUGCCAAGGAUUCGGAUCAGCGAAGCAUGGAUAUUGUGACGGCUAAGGCGAUGCUGCAGCUGCUUCUGGGCAAGCAUUGGACAUUGUAUCCACAAUUUGCACAAUUCCUAGAACAGUCCAAGUACAAGGUUAUCAAUAAGGAUCAAUGGUGCAACAUACUCGAGUUCUCGCGCACCAUCUGUAUUGAUUUAUCAAACUACGAUAUUGAUGGCGCUUGGCCCGUUAUGCUGGACGAGUUUGUGGAGUGGCUGCGUUUGCAACGUGGCUUAGUCAUUGUCAGUUCGGGAUCCAGCUGAGAGUGCCUGGAUCGCAUACUUCUAGUUAAACUUUAGAAAUUCAGUAGUGUCCAUGAGGAGACCAGCGGAAGACACACCCAUACGAACUCACACAGAGCCCCCAUUACACGCGCUAACUCAACACACAAAAAUACGUACACCACGAAAGAGACACAAGGCACUUGAGACUGCGUAAAACUGGCAAAACAAACCAACUAUAAAACUACACUAUUGAUAUAUAUAUUAAUAUAUUUAAUGUAAUAAUUUAAUUGUAAACAACAUUUAAAAACAAA